AUGACUGAUAAUGGAUUAAAUAUGGUUCAGGAAAAGGAUUUUGCUGGAGUAACUGAAUACCUAGGUGGAAGCAAUUAUACAACAAUUAGUUUAAUGUAUAGUUUGUUAGCAAUAAUCAGCAAAAAAAUAAUACCUGAGAACUCUGAUAUGGAAGUUAUAAAUCUAACUAGUCCAAAUACUGCCUUUGAUGAUGAUAUUGGUUAUGAAGAUGUUCCGGAGGAUGAACCUAUCACUCAACAACCUAAAUCAUUGUAUCAAUCUAUUAAUCACUAUUGGGAAGUUCUACAAGAGCAAGGAAUAUUGGCUGCAUUAUUAGAUUCACGAUUCAAAGAUUUAGAAUUUGCCUCUGAAAUGUUGCGUAUGAGAACUCAUGAAUAA